ACCUUCAGUUUAUAUUUUACACUUGGGGAAGUGAAGUAAAUACAAAGUAAUUUUUAAGAAAUUUUACCAUAACAUUUGAUGAACUUUGCCGGCCACAAAGUUCAGCACAUAAAUAAUACCAACAGCAACAACAACAACAACAAUAAACAUUAGCAACCAAACCAAACCACAAAAAUGAAACACAACAAAGCCGCGCAAUAUCAGCGCAACAUAAAAAUACAGACAUACGAUCAGCUGGAAUCGGACAUGGAGAACGCACACAAAGCUGUGGAACGCAAACUGAACUAUUUAUCCGAAUCGAAUCAUGUUACGUCCAACUCGCGCGCAAUCAGACGACGCGGUCAGCGCUCCAGCGAAGGGGGCAGCGGUGGGCACCAUCAUCGGCGCAAGCACAGCAACAAAAAGUCAUCGCAAUCCAAAAUAAAGGACGACACGUCCUCGAAUGCGGCGCGCCAAAAGAGCGUUCACACUUUUUUACAGUCGCCACGCCGCAACGGCCUGUCGCCGCGCGACCUCAUCGACGAGGAGGAGGAGGAUGACGAGAUGAAAUUGUCGCGCACCAUGCGCGGCGCCAUGCAGGAGGAAUACGAACAGCACCUGGGCCAUUCGCAUCGACGCAGCCAGCUGAGCAUCAAGCACAUCAACAAGCCCACCUACAGCUGCAGCUCGUGCGGCGCCAUCUUCCACAUCAAGUCGCUGCUGGGGGCGCAUCGUCGCACCCACGACGACGACUUCCUGGUUCGCUUCCGGGGCCGUCGUUUGCGCGAGAGCAGCACGGCCUUGACGGCCGUACCGGCUGGCAAGCAGUGCAAGUUCUGUGAUCGGACAUUCGAUUUGGAGCGGGCCCUGCGCAUCCAUCAGCUGUGCCAUUGCAACAAGAUCACGCCGCAGCAGCGACGCAAGCUGGGCUACACGGAUCUGGCGCACGAGAAGAAGAACGCGCCGUUGCCCAACUUUCAACGGAUGGCGAAGGCUGCGCAUAACGGCUUGCCGCUGCAUACUGUGCCGGAUCCGAAUAUGCCGUAUGUGGCACUUGGACCGGCUGCAAUAAAGAUGAUCGAACAGGAGCAGCAGAUGAAGGCCAAGAGGCGCACCACCAAGUACACUGUCAAGGUAGCUGGGCCCAUGGGACGUUGGCGCUAAUGCGGCCCGAUCAAAAAAAAACAAACAACUACAACUACAACACAAAAAGAAACUGCAACAUUACAAAACAAUACAACAUAAAACAAACACACAAAAAGACGCUCGCUUUGCAAUUGGAGUACUUUGAAAUAGUUGGCGUUUAAGUGAACAGUUUGCCUUGCAUAUACAAAUCAUAUUUUGCAUUUGCAUGCGCAACAAAUUAAAGGCAAAUUUUAGUGAGAAA